UGGAAGCAAUCAAUUGUUGGUGUUGGCUUGCACAACUUGGGAAACACCUGUUUCAUUGCCUCUGUCCUUCAGUGUCUGUUGCGGAUUCCAGCUUGGAAUAACUAUCUGAUGUUCAAUCACAGUGAAGAGUGCAUGAUUAUAAACAGUGAAGAAUGUUCCGCGUGCGUGCUACAGAGUCUGGCCUGGGUGCUAUUCGAGAUGGAUAAGUACACUGAGAGGACAACUGCACUUUCAAAAAUUUUCAGCGGGUACCUCAGAAGCCAAAUUAUAUGCCAACAGUGUCGGCAUGCUUCGAAUCAUUAUGAAACCUUUUUCAACAUAACUCUGGAGGUCAGUCUGGAGGGGUCAGUUGAAGAAGCUCUUAAAUACUUCUGCUUGGCUGAAGAUAUGAAGAAUACAAAAUGGUAUUCAUGUACGAAUUGCAAAUUAAAACAACGAGCCAAGAAACAUUUUAAAAUCCAUCAGCUGCCGAAUGUUCUCAUACUGCAACUGCAAAGGUUUGGACACUCUGAUGAAAGGCCAUACAAGGUAACCCACCAUGUUGAGUUUGAGGAAUAUCUCGAUGUGAUAUUGUACGUCAGUGCAAAUUGCGCUGCUGGUUAUCGUUCUAAUAAACCCAACAACAACAACAACAACAACAACAACAACAACAACAUAUACAGACUCGAAGGCGUUGUGGUACAUGUAGGUUCCUCCAUAGGUUCAGGACAUUAUUAUGCCUAUGUCCUCGAUCCAGGCUCACUUAACAACACCAACAACAACCACAGAUGGUACCAGUUCAACGAUAAUAGUGUAAUUCCAACCAGCUGGCAAAAUGUGAAAAAGGCCGAGGCAUAUUUUUUGUUCUAUGUCAGA